GACGCGCUCCCGUCACGCUGAGAGCGCGCUCCCGUGUGCGUGCGCGCCACCCACGGACGAGAGGAUUCACCCGGCGUGGCGGCGAUUCACGAACGAUGCGCUGUUCUCCCCGGUAGCCGCGGCGAGCGCCUCCGUGUCUCCACCGAGAACCAGCGGACAUCAGCGCAGGUCUUCGCCGGGUAACGAUGGCCAAAAGCGGGACGUUGGUGGUGCUGUGCGCGCUCCUGGGCGGCGUGGAAGUCCGGGACCAGUCCCCACGCAGGAUGACACCGUCGCCGGCCGCCUUGGACUUCGGCUACGUGCCCGCGGGGGUCUACGAGACGGUGGCCCACUACGAACCUGGACCCAUCGGGAUCCUUUUCCACCUGGUGCACACCUGGCUGUGUCUGGUGCAGCCCAACCACUUCCCGCCAGAUCUCCUGGUCAGACUGGCCAAGGACAAGUUGGAAGUCUUUGAGACCGAGUACCAGGAGCCAGAGAACAUAGUGCUGCGCCUCCAGGCCGUCUACUACGAGCUGGGCUUCCUGUUGUGUGCAGCAGUGGGCGUGCUCUUCACCCUGCUGGUGCCCCUGGUGGGCAUCUUCUUCUGCAUGUGCCGCUGCUGCGACAACUGCGGUGGUGAGAUGCAUCAGCGGCAGAGGAAGAACGCCGACUGCCGGCGUGGUCUGCUGGGGACUUUGCUCUUCUCCACCUCGCUGAUCAUCACGAUCGGCGUGUUGUGCGCCUACGCCGCCAACCAGAACCUGAGCGCUCAAGUCAAGAACAUCCGCCGCCUGGUCAACAGCAACAUGAGGGACCUGCACACCUUCGCCAACGACACGCCCCUGCAAAUCGACUACCUGUCCUCCCAGUACUCCACCGCCAAGAACCAAGUCCUCUACGACUUGGACAACAUAGGUCCGCUGCUGGGUGGAAGGAUACACGAUCAGUUGGAUCAGGAGGUGCGACCCGCCUUGGAUGCCGCGCUGAAAAUGGCAGGAUUGAAAAUCGACAGAGCCAUGAAAGCCAUGCGGGAGACCAAGGAGGCCCUGGACAACGUGAGCGUGUCCCUGCAAGUCCUCCAGGAAGGCGCGGCGCACCUCCAAGUCCACCUGAGUCUGGUCCGGGACGACAUCAACAACACCCUGGACGACCCCGGGUGUCAUGACGAGGAGUCGGACGCCACCUCCGCCCAGCUGUGUCGCAACAUCCGCCUGUCGCUGGCACAGCUGCACAUCAGUGCCAACUUCACCCGGCUUCCCAACGUGAACUCUCAGCUGGAGAAGAUGAGCGACGUGUUGAAGACCGACCUCAGCGCCAUCGUGCACAAGGGCUACGCCGCCUUGAACGACACUCCUUAUAUGGUCAUGGUGCAGAACAGAGGCGUUGUGGACAAGGUGCAGAGUGUGCUGGACGACGUCGGCAGCAACAUCAGCGGCUUCGCCAAAGUCUUCCCGGUGCAGAAGUCGCUCGACGACUUCACCAUCUUCAUCAGCCACGCCCACGCCAAGAUCGAGGACCACUACCCCGACAUCGACCAGAUGGACUUCUACAGGUGGACGUGCUGCGUGGGCAUGUGCUGCAUGGUGGUCUUGGUGCUGGCCUUCAACUAUCUGGGCCUGCUGUGCGGCACUCUGGGCUACGACAAGCACGCCUCGCCAACCACGCGGGGAUGCAUCUCCAACACGGGGGGGACCAUGCUGAUGGCGGGUGUGGGCUUCAGUGUCAUCUUCUCCUGGGUGCUGAUGGGCCUGCUGACUGCCAUCUUCCUGCUGGGAGGGAACAUGGAGAAGCUCAUCUGUGAACCCUUUCACACCCGGGAACUCUUCAAGGUGGUGGACUCACCAUACUUGGUGAACUCUGAGUGGAAGAACUUCAUCCCAGGUUACAUGUACAACGACUCUGAGCUGGAGCUGAGUGCUGAGAGUUUGUACAGCACCUGCAAGGAAAACAAAGGCAUCUACUCAGCCAUGCGUCUGGACAAGGUCUUCAACGUCUCGUCUUUCCUGAACGCCACAGUGUUCACAAAGGAGGUGGUGGCUCACCUGAGCAAGGUCAACAUCGACCUGAGAGGAAUCCUCUUGUUGGAAGCAGAAGGCAAGCAGAACCUUCUGGAAUUCUCGGAGGCGGGACUUUCGGAGACUAACUACGCCGACUACCUGGAGGAGGUCAACAAAGGUGUGACAGAGGAGGACCUGCUGCUGUUUGCCAAAGAGCUGGAAGCCCAGACGGAAUUGAUGCCCAGGGGCCGUCUGCAAAGUGCUCUGAAGGGUCACGUGGGCACAGUGAGACAGAUCCACAACCAGCAUGUGGUGCCCUUGCAGCAGGCCAUGAAAUAUGUUAGAGCGAGGAGCGCGCUGAACCAGAGCAUGAGGUUCCUGGAGAGGACCGCCUCCGACCUGCCGGACAAAGUGUUAGGUGUGCUUGAUGCCGUCGACGCGGCGCAGUAUCUCAUCUCCCACAAUGCAACACACCUAAUCAAGCGGGAAAGUGCAAAAUACACGGCGGCCAUCGUGGGCUACUUCCAUCAGUACUUGGACUGGCUCAAGACCUCCCUGGCCAUGGAGGUGGCGCCCUGCAAGCCCUUCAGCAACAUUGUGGACACCAUGGAGAUCAUCACCUGCAGCUUCCUGGUGGACUCCAUGAACGUGUUCUGGAUGGGCCUGGGCUGCAGCACCCUCCUCCUGGUCCCCAGCAUCAUCCUGGCCGUCAAGCUGGCCAAGUUCUACCGCCGGAUGGACACGGAGGACGUUUACGACGAUAUGGAAAGUGGUACUAAUGGUUAUCAUAGCGAGCCCACACCCGCCAUCCCUAACCCUCCUUUGAGCAGCAUCCCCACCUAUGACACCAUCAACAGGUUCCCAAGGGACUCAGCUCCUCCAAGACACAUCGACUGGUGACUUUCUUGUCCUGGCAGCGGCCAUGACAUCUGGAGAUGAAGAGAAGUACUCCCUGGAUUCUUCCUUCAUGGAACUUUGAACCUGACUGAACCAAACAUCGGGAUUUCUCCGUCAUGAAGAAGAAUUCUGGGAAUUUGUAUUUUUAUUUUUUUUUUAAUUUUCAUCCUUACUCGGCCAAGAAGUUUCCAGCCGGGCGUGACCUGGUUCUCCGUCCGGACCGGGCUGGUUCUGCACGGUUCCGUGUCCUCCACUCUGUUUACACAGGUCCCACCCGGACUUGAGGCUAUUUUACACCAACCUUGACGCUAAGUAGUGGCAGGAAAGUCAAGGACACGCUAAAAAGGUUAGCUUGGUUGUUUUUGCGAGAAAACAACCUUUUACGUGGGAAAAAAAAAAAAGUGGACUAUAUCUAGCGUGACUUUGGAUGUUUACAAUAUUUUUAAUACUAGGUUGCUAAUGUGGUCGCAUCAAGACUGCUUGCCUUUCAUUUUGGCAUUUAGUGCUUUUUAAAAGAACCCUGAGACGCUCUUUUAAACUACCUGGUUGCCAGCUUAGCCCUUUUUUGGAAAAUUUCGCAGCAACUCGAGCAUCAACAUAUUUUCAGCUUUUCAACGUCCACAUCCGUCCACGUCCGAUGUUUUUUUUUGUGGCAUUUUUACCUGGAUGGUGUUCAAAAUGAGUGUUUGUAACAACACUCAAGAUCUCAACACAGGCCCAAAAAAAAUGAUGUUUUUUCACUUUGUUUUUGACAGAGGUAUGACAUUUUUCCUCCGUCAUUAGAAAUACGAGAUAGAAACGCGCUUGACCGAAGACGGACUUCACUGCCUGCGAAUGAAAGUUAAGUACUGUAUUUUUCGGACUACAAGGCGCACUUAAAAUCCUUCCAUUUUCAAUUUUAUUUGGCACAUGGUGUAAUGAUAAGUGUGACCGGUAGAUGGCAGUCACACAUAAGAGAUAUGUGUAGACUGCAAUGUGAUUGCAGUGAAGCACGAGGGAUAUGUGUGUUUUGUUGACUGCAAUAUGAUGGCAGUCACACAUAAGAGAUAUGUGUAGACUGCAAUGUGAUUGCAGUGAAGCACGUGGGAUAUGUGUGUUUUGUUGACUGCAAUAUGAUGGCAGUCACACAUAAGAAAUGAGUGUAGACUGCAAUUAGAUGGCAGUCACACAUAAGAAAUAAGUGUAGACUGCAAUAUGAUGGCAGUCACACAUAAGAAAUAAGUGUAGACUGCAAUAUGAUGGCAGUCACACAUACGAGACACGUGUAGACUGCAGUAUGAUGGCAGUCACACAUAAGAGAUACGUGUAGACUGCAAUAUGAUGGCAGUCAUACAUACGAGAUAUGUGUAGACUGCAAUGUGAUUGCAGUGAAGCACGUGGGAUAUGUGUGUUUUGUUGACUGCAAUAUGAUGGCAGUCACACAUAAGAAAUGAGUGUAGACUGCAAUUAGAUGGCAGUCACACAUAAGAAAUAAGUGUAGACUGCAAUAUGAUGGCAGUCACACAUAAGAAAUAAGUGUAGACUGCAAUAUGAUGGCAGUCACACAUACGAGACACGUGUAGACUGCAGUAUGAUGGCAGUCACACAUAAGAGAUACGUGUAGACUGCAAUAUGAUGGCAGUCAUACAUACGAGAUAUGUGUAGACUGCAAUGUGAUUGCAGUGAAGCACGUGGGAUAUGUGUGUUUUGUUGACUGCAAUAUGAUGGCAGUCACACAUAAGAGAUAUGUGUAGACUGCAAUGUGAUUGCAGUGAAGCACGUGGGAUAUGUGUGUUUUGUUGACUGCAAUAUGAUGGCAGUCACACAUAAGAGACACGUGUAGACUACAAUAUGACUCAAGUAAACAACACCAAAACUUUAAAUGUUUCAUUGAUAAUCUACAACCUCACACACGGCCCUCAAACAUUGUUCUAAAAUGUCUCCUUUGAUGCGCCCUGUGGUCCGGAACAUACGGUAACUUAAACUAAAAAAACGAUAUUUAAAGAAAACCUUUUUAAUGUUGAUAAUCAACACUCCGAGUUCCCAGAAUCCUUCAUGAUUGAAUGUUCGGAGAACAAUCCCAGGAAAACGAUCAUGUUUUAAAAAAAAAAAAGUAUCUGUUAUUUAAUAUUUUCAUGUAACUUACAAAGUACAAAAUGUUCUCUGGCCAAGGUCUAUUUUUUACCGUAGAUCUCAGGUGGUUCUUAGCGCUCGCUCGAUAACUGCCUGCUCGGGAAUUUUUUUUGGAUGAAUCGGUCAUGUCAGUACAGUAUGGAUACAGUUAGAUACCGGAACCUGCGAAUGUAUCGGAGUUAGCUUUUUCCCUUUUUGUUGUCUUAUCCCGUAUGCUGGAAGGGAGCGCUAACACGUCCUCGCUAACGAUAGUUCUCGCUGUUGAGGUCCAAACCUACGACAAUCAAUCCCUGCUCCAACAGAACAUGGCUGUGUGGUUCUGAACAUGCACACCGAGACAAAGAAACAUUUUUAAAAGCCUCUGGUUAACACACCUUGCUAGAUUAAUUUUACAUUUUUUAUUCAUCUCUUUCGUUGAUGUACAUUUUUGAUCAAUAGACAAUUAAACUUGAGCAACUGAAGACAUAUUUACACAAAAAUGCUUGAGAAGGAACAGGAUGUAGAAAAUGUUAUAUUUCCUGCCCCCCUUCAAAAUAAAAUGUAGUCUUACUUCAUGGAUAGCACACAUUCACAAGCAUACCAACCAAACAAAUACAUCCAAAUAUAAUGAAAAUGGACAAAAAAACAGACAACAAAAAGAAAACGAGUGCAAAACUUCAUGAAGUACGAAACCGAACGAAAAAAUAAAUAUUUUAGGGGGGACAUUUUUUUCCGCUAAAAUGUCAUAACGGUCCCCCCUUACGGAAAAAAAACCAGACGUUAUUUAGCAGCACAAUACCGGUGCUGUAGUUGUAGGAGAAGUCCGGAAACGUCAUCAGGAGUCCCGACAAAACCCGAAAAUGACAGAAAAUGCAUCUUUUACGGAAAUUUUUAUUCGCUAAAAUGUCGUGAGGGGGACUCUUACACAAAAAUUCAAAAAAACGGACUUGCUUCAGCAGCACAAUACUGGUGCUGUAGUUGUAGUUGUCUCAAAACGUCAUCAGGAGUCCCAACAAAACCCGAUAAUGACAGAAAAUGCAUCUUUUACAGAAAUUUUUAUUCGCUAAAAUGUCGUCAGGGGGGACUCUUACACAAAAAUUCAAAAAAAAGGACUUGCUUCAGCAGCACAAUACUGGUGCUGUAGUUGUAGUUGUCUCAAAACGUCAUCAGGAGUCCCGCAACAAAACCAGAAAAUGGCAGAAAAUGAAUAUUUUUGGAAUAACAUUUUCGCUAAAAUGUCUUACACAAAAAUGCAAAAGACAGACUUCCUCCAGCAGCACAAUACAGGUGCUGUAGUUGUAGGAGAUGUCUGAAAACACCAUCAGGAGUCCCGACAAAAUCCGAAAAUGGCAGAAAAUUCAUGUUUUAUGGGGGGAAAAAAUUGCUAAAAUGUCGUAAGGGGGGACACUUAUACAAAAAUAAAAAAUAAAACGGAUUUGCUUCGACAACACAAUACUGGUGCUGUAGUUGUAGGAGAUGUCUCAAAAUCUCAUCAGGAGUCUCGACAAAACCCAAAAAUAGCAAAAAAAAAAUGCAUAUUUUACGAAAGAAAAAAAACGCUAAUGUCGUAAGGGGGGACCCUUAUACAAAAAUUUAAAAAAACGGACUUGCUUCAGCAGCACAAUACUGAUGCUGUAGUUGUAGGAGAUGUCUCAAAACGUCAUCAGGAGUCCCGACAAAACCCGAAAAUGGCAGAAAAGGAAUAUUUUUGGAAAACUUUUUUUCGCCAAAAUGUCGUAAGGAGGGACUCUUACACAAAAAUGCAAAAGAACAGGCUUCUUUCAUAAGCACAAUACAGGUGCUGUAGUUGUAGGAGAUGUCUGAAAACGCCAUCAGGAGUCCCGACAAAAUCCGAAAAUGGCAGAAAAUUCAUGUUUUAUGGAAAAAAAAAUUUGCUAAAAUGUCGUAAGGGGGGACACUUAUACAAAAAUAAAAAAUAAAACGGAUUUGCUUCGGCAGCACAAUACUGGUGCUGUAGUUGUAGGAGAUGUCUCAAAACGUCAUCAGGAGUCCCGACAAAACCCAAAAAUAGCAAAAAAAAAAAUGCAUAUUUUACGAAAGAAAAAAAUCGCUAAUGUCGUAAGGGGGGACCCUUAUACAAAAAUUUUAAAAAACGGACUUGCUUCAGCAGCACAAUAGUGGUGCUGUAGUUGUAGGAGAUGUCUCAAAACGUCAUCAGGAGUCCCGACAAAACCCGAAAAUGGCAGAAAAAGAAUAUUUUUGAAAACUUUUUUUCGCUAAAAUGUCGUGAGGAGGGACUCUUAUACAAAAAUGCAAAAGAACAGACUUCUUUCAUAAGCACAAUACAGGUGCUGUAGUUGUAGGAGAUGUCUGAAAACGCCAUCAGGAGUCCCGACAAAAUCCGAAAAUGGCAGAAAAUUCAUGUUUUAUGGGAAAAAAAAUUCGCUAAAAUGUCGUAAGGGGGGACACUUAUACAAAAAUAAAAAAUAAAACGGAUUUGCUUCGGCAGCACAAUACUGGUGCUGUAGUUGUAGGAGAUGUCUCAAAACGUCAUCAGGAGUCCCGACAAAACCCGAAAAUGGCAGAAAAAGAAUAUUUUUGGAAAACUUUUUUUCGCCAAAAUGUCGUAAGGAGGGACUCUUACACAAAAAUGCAAAAGAACAGACUUCUUUCAUAAGCACAAUACAGGUGCUGUAGUUGUAGGAGAUGUCUGAAAACACCAUCAGGAGUCCCGACAAAAUCCGAAAAUGGCAGAAAAUUCAUGUUUUAUGGGAAAAAAAAUUCGCUAAAAUGUCGUAAGGGGGAACACUUAUAUAAAAAUAAAAAAUAAAACGGAUUUGCUUCGACAGCACAAUAGUGGUGCUGUAGUUGUAGGAGAUGUCUCAAAACGUCAUCAGGAGUCCCGACAGAACCCGAAAAUGGCAGAAAAUUCAUGUUUUAUGGAAAAAAAAAUUCGCUAAAAUGUCGUAAGGGGGGACACUUAUACAAAAAUAAAAAAUAAAACGGAUUUGCUUCGGCAGCACAAUACUGGUGCUGUAGUUGUAGGAGAUGUCUCAAAACGUCAUCAGGAGUCCCGACAAAACCCAAAAAUAGAAAAAAAAAAUGCAUAUUUUACGAAAGAAAAAAAUCGCUAAUGUCGUAAGGGGGGACCCUUUUACAAAAAUGUUAAAAAACGGACUUGCUUCAGCAGCACAAUAGUGGUGCUGUAGUUGUAGGAGAUGUCUCAAAACGUCAUCAGGAGUCCCGACAAAACCCGAAAAUGGCAGAAAAAGAAUAUUUUUGGAAAACUUUUUUUCGCUAAAAUGUCGUGAGGAGGGACUCUUAUACAAAAAUGCAAAAGAACAGACUUCUUUCAUAAGCACAAUACAGGUGCUGUAGUUGUAGGAGAUGUCUGAAAACGCCAUCAGGAGUCCCGACAAAAUCCGAAAAUGGCAGAAAAUUCAUGUUUUAUGGGAAAAAAAAUUCGCUAAAAAGUCGUAAGGGGGGACACUUAUACAAAAAUAAAAAAUAAAACGGAUUUGCUUCGGCAGCACAAUACUGGUGCUGUAGUUGUAGGAGAUGUCUCAAAACGUCAUCAGGAGUCCCGACAAAACCCGAAAAUGGCAGAAAAAGAAUAUUUUUGGAAAACUUUUUUUCGCCAAAAUGUCGUAAGGAGGGACUCUUACACAAAAAUGCAAAAGAACAGACUUCUUUCAUAAGCACAAUACAGGUGCUGUAGUUGUAGGAGAUGUCUGAAAACACCACCAGGAGUCCCGACAAAAUCCGAAAAUGGCAGAAAAUUCAUGUUUUAUGGGAAAAAAAAUUUGCUAAAAUGUCGUAAGGGGGAACACUUAUAUAAAAAUAAAAAAUAAAACGGAUUUGGUUCGACAGCACAAUAGUGGUGCUGUAGUUGUAGGAGAUGUCUCAAAACGUCAUCAGGAGUCCCGACAGAACCCGAAAAUGGCAGAAAAUGCAUAUUUUAAGGACUUUUUUUUCCCGUUAAAAUGUCGUAAGAGGGGACUCUUAAACAAAAAUGCAAAAGAACAGACUUGUUUCAUUAGUGCAAUACAGGUGCUGUAGUUGCAGGAGAUGUCUCAAAGCGUCAUCAGGAGUCACGACAAAACCCGAAAAUGGUAGAAAAUGCAUAUUUUUGGAAAACUUUUUUUCGCUAAAAUGUCGUAAAAAUAAACCAAAAUAUAAAAAAAAAACAGACUUGCUUCAGCAGCACAAUACUGGUGCUGUAGUUUUAGGAGAUGUCUCAAAAUGUCAUCAGGAGUCCCGACAAAACCCGAAAAUGGCAGAAAAUGCAUAGUUUACGGUAAAAAAUAUACGCUAAAAUGUCGUAAGGGGGGACCCUUACACGAAAAUGCAAAAGAACAGACUUUUCUUAAGCAGCACAAUACUUGCAUUUGUAGGAGAUGUCUCAAAACGUCUUCAAGAGUCCCGACAAAAUCCGAAAAUGUCAGAAAAUGCAUAUAUUACGGAAAAAAUAUUUCGCUAAAAUGUCGUAAGGGGGGGACCCUUAUACAAAAAUAAAAAAAAACUGAUUUGAUUCGGCAGCACAAUAACGGUGCUGUAGUUGUAGAUGUCUCAAAAUGUCAUCAGUAGUCCCGACAAAACCCAAAAAUGGCUGAAAAUGCAUAUUUUACGGGAAAAAAAUGUCGCUAAAAUGUCAUAAGAGGGGACCUUUGCACAAAUAUGCAAAAGAACAGACUUGCUUCAGCAGCACAAUACUGGUGCAGUAGUUGUAGGAGAUGUCUAAAAAUGCCAUCAGGAGUCCCGACAAUACCCGAAAAUGGCAGAAAAUGCUUAUUUUACAGAAUUUUUUUUCGCUGAAAUGUCGUAAGGAGGGACCCUUAUACAAAAAUUCAAAAAAACUGACUUUCUUCAGCAGCACAAUACUGGUGCUAUAGUUGUAGAAGAUGUCUCAAAACAUCAUCAGGAGUCUCGACAAAACCCGACAAUGUCUUGCUACACACCUCGCUAGUUUCAUUUUUUAUUAAUGUGUGCAUUUUUGAUCAAUAGACAAUUAAACUUGAGCAACUGAAGACAUAUUUACACACUUCUUCUUGAGAAGGAACAGGAUGUAGAAAAUGUUAUAUUUCCUGCCCCCUUCAACAUAAAAAGUAGUCUUCCUUCAUGGAUAGCACACAUUCACAAGCAUACACACCAAACAAAUACAUCCAAAUAUAAUCAAUCAAUCAAUCAAUGUUUAUUUAUAUAGCCCUAAAUCACAAGUGUCUCAAAGGGCUGCGCAAGCCACAACGACAUCCUCGGUUCAGAGCCCACAUCAGGGCAAGGAAAAACUCACAACCCAGUGGGACGUCAAUGGGAAUGACUAUGAGAAACCUUGGAGAGGACCGCAGGACCUUAAAGUCACAUCUUAAGUGCACAGGAAGCCAGUGCAGGUAUAUAUGUAGGUAUAUAUGUAUAUAAAGGUAUGUGCAGUAUAGGCGAAACAUGAUCACAUUUUCUUGUUCUUGUCAAAAAUCCAGCUGCCGCAUUUUGUACCAACUGUAAUCUUUUAACGCUAGACUUAGGGAGACGUGAAAAUAACACGUUACAGGAAUCGAGACGUAACGAACGCGUGAAUAAUGUUCCCAACAUCGCUCGUUGGACAAAACGGAACAGAUUUUAGCGAUAUUACGCAAAUAUGUGUAACCUUUUCAGAUUACACAUUAAUUAUCACCACAAACUAAAAUAACUUAAGUAUUAAAAAUUACAUAAAAAAAAGGCGUUAGCGUCCAAGUCAGGUAGUUUAAAAAAAGAAGCGCUGGUGGACAAAACAGUUUUUUUUGUCAACCGAGGGACAACGUUUUGAUUUGUUGGAAGUGCUUACAUGUAAAUGGUGAAUAAAGAUUGGCAUUCCAGCUUGUAAUUAAUGAUUCAAUAAUUAUUCUCCCACUUAUGGCGUCUUUUGGCACUGGUGCAACUUGAAUCCGUCGAUUGGUAUGUGUUUGUUUGGCAUUAAAUGCGGGUGGAGGGAAAGGCUGGAUGCAAAUAUAGCUACAAAUGUAACGUCAUGAUGCAAAGAAAAACACAAAAAGCCAGUUACGUGAAACAUUCCAUAAAAAUAAUUAUUUUUUUACUAUUGUAAUACAAUUAAUAAAACACACUGUCAGGGAUGAGUGACGGCACAUUGUUGUAA